AUGGGCUGGCGCGCCGUGCAACCGCCGCACAUCGCCGCCGGCUUGCUCCUACUGCUGCUAGUCAACCUGCCAGUAACCUGUCACCAAGACCAUCAAGAUGCUGUGCAUAUCACGGCAAUUCUCGGUGAGAGCGUCGUGUUCAAUUGCCAAGUGGACUUUCCGGAAGACAUCCCGGUGCCGUACGUCUUGCAGUGGGAGAAGAAGGUAGGCGAAACGGGGCAGGACAUCCCGAUCUACAUCUGGUACGAGAGCUACCCGACGCAUAGCGGGGAGGGGUACGAGAACCGUGUGUCGAAAGUCGCGCCCGACUCGCCCUAUGGCGCAGCAAGUCUCAACCUCACCAAUAUCCGAGAGUCCGAUCAGGGUUGGUACGAGUGUAAGGUGGUAUUCCUCAACCGUUCACCCAACGCGCACAAGAAUGGUACAUGGUUCCACUUGGACGUGCACGCGCCACCACGCUUCUCCAUCACACCGGAAGACAUUAUUUACGUUAAUUUAGGAGACGCCAUUAUUCUUAACUGUCAAGCGGAGGGUACUCCGACCCCGGAGAUACUUUGGUACAAAGAUGCGAAUCCCGUGGAGCCUUCGGGGACGGUGGGUAUAUUCAACGAUGGCACCGAGCUGCGGAUCAGUAACAUACGUCACGAAGAUAUUGGAGACUACACGUGCAUCGCGCGUAAUGGCGAGGGACAGGUUUCACAUACUGCUCGGGUUAUCAUCGCUGGUGGAGCCGUCAUCACUAUGCCACCAACCAAUCAGACAAAGUUAGAAGGAGAAAAAGUGCAGUUCUCGUGCGAAGCGAAGGCCCUACCAGGCAAUGUAACUGUGAAGUGGUUCCGCGAGGGUGCGCCCGUCGCUGAAGUGGCUGCACUGGAGACGCGAGUUACCAUACGACGAGACGGUGCUUUAGUGAUAAAUCCUGUUGCCGCGGAUGACUCGGGGCAGUAUCUCUGCGAAGUGUCCAAUGGAAUCGGAGAUCCUCAGAGCGCUUCUGCUUAUUUGAAUGUUGAAUAUCCUGCCAAAGUAACCUUUACACCAACCGUGCAGUAUCUACCGUUUCGUUUGGCGGGCGUCGUACAAUGUUACAUAAAAGCAAACCCACCUCUUCAAUAUGUGACCUGGACCAAGGACAAGCGCCUGCUGGAGCCGUAUCAGACGAAGGACAUUGUUAUCAUGAACAAUGGUUCCCUGCUGUUCACCCGAGUCAACCAGAACCAUCAGGGAAGAUACACGUGCACGCCUUAUAACGCACAAGGAACGCAAGGCUCUUCAGGUCCAAUGGAAGUUUUAGUUCGUAAACCCCCAGUGUUCACCGUUGAACCAGAACCCUUGUACCAAAGAAAGGUGGGCGAGUCGGUCGAGAUGCACUGCGAAGCUCAGGAGGCAGAGGGCACGCAAAGGCCGUCGGUUACGUGGCGGCGCCGGGACGGGCUGCCGCUGCAGAAGAGCCGCGUGCGCGCGCUCGGCGGGAAUAUCACCAUCGAUACACUACGACGCCAGGACUUUGGCAUCUACCAGUGCGUCGCCUCCAACGAGGUAGCAACAAUAGUAGCAGACACACAGUUAGUAAUAGAAGGCACACAACCCCAUGCUCCGUACAAUGUGUCGGGCACUGCGACCGAGUUCCAAGUGACGUUACGCUGGCAACCUGGCUAUGCGGGCGGACCCGACUACAAGCAGGACUACACUAUCUGGUACAGAGAAGCGGGCUUCUCAGAGUGGACCAAGGUGCCAGUCACACCCUCCGGUGCUACUUUUGUUACUAUAAACCGCCUUCAACCUGGAACCACAUACGAGUUUCAAGUAAACAGCAAAAACACUAUAGGAGAGGGAAUGAUGAGUAAAGCCAUCACUAUCAGGACUCUAGAUGUAGGCGCCAAACCGAAGGCGGCACCAACUCCAGCCGGGCCUGUAGACGAAAAGAUAUUUCAAAACGCACCUGAAGGCUCUGGCCCAAAGUCGGGUCCGCCGCGCAACCUGACAGUGACGGAGGUGCACAAUGGGUUCCUAAUCACGUGGCAGGCGCCGCUAGAGCGCGCUGCACUCGUACAGUAUUACACCAUCAAGUACCGCACCGACGCACAGUGGAAGACGCUGAACCGCGGCCAGAUCCGCCCAGAGGAGACCAGCUACCUCGUGAAGAAUCUAGUCGGUGGUCGUACAUACUACUUCAGAGUGUUGGCCAACUCGGCAACCAGCUAUGAGAGUUCGGAAGAAGUGAAGUUCCCUGUGCCGGCGAGAGUAAAACAUAAAGCCAUCACGGCGGGCGUGGUUGGCGGCAUUUUGUUCUUUAUAGUGGCCAUUAUCCUGUCCGUGUGCGCGGUCAAGAUCUGCAACAAACGAAAACGGCGUAAGCAGGAGAAAGGUGAGCACGAUUUCGUACCAGCGGCCGCUUGUCCGCCGCCUUAA